AUGAUCACGUUGCCUGUGGAUAGGUAUAUGAACCAGCGAUGUAGCAUUACACCGAAAGUCACUGCAAAUUUGGCCUCUGGAUCAAACACAAAUGCUGUCGGAUCAACGAUCAUCGCGCAUACUGCUCUGGAGCGCAUGUCAAACCCACCAGUUGGCUCUGGGAGUAUUAAUCGAUCUCUGGACGGACGAACUGGAAAUUUCCGCAGUCUGAAUAAUGACUAUAAUUGCAAACAGUAUUCCAAGAAAUCGGCUCCACAGCGGUUUAUUACGGAGAUCAAACUUAAUAUCCGAAACCCAUCGACCAAUCCCUAUAGAAUCAGCACUCUCGAGCAGAUGAAGCAAAUAAGGGAGAGUAUUUGUUGUGGUGAAUCCGUCUUUGCAGGAGACGUAACGAACGAAGUGGAAUAUCCGGCCAUACCUGGAAGAACUGCCUUGCAGGAUGCAUCCUUUUUUCCUCCGCCCCCAGACGAUUUUCUCUCCCUUUCAUGCCGAAAGUUUCCGGAAUUUUCCUCUCUGCCUCUGCCAAAAAGUCCUAUCUUCACUGACGUCGAUACUUCCAGAUCCCACAGUGGACGUAACGAGUCCUCAAAUGUAGAAAGACCUUAUGUUCAACACACCGGUCGUGGCUUCGAACCUGACUACUUUUGCUAUCGUUCCAGUUACCACCCCUCCCGAUGUGCCUUUGACAACAGAGGAACCAUACCAGACAUAUUUGCCUUCCGAGGCGAUGGCGUAGUCCCCUUAUCAGAGCUACAAAAGACAGAAAAACCGUUCAGUCCUCAGGCCGUUUGUGGAACUAACGCGACAGCCAGCAUCCGUGAGCUUCUUCACGGUAGUUCGUUGCUCAACUUGAACCAACUGUUGAAGCACUCCGAGACAUUAGGUAUCGAUGAAGACGACGAGCUGGGUUCCAGUUCCACCCUAAUGUCCUCACCAACUGACAGUCUGGAGGACCCAAGGAAUGAUUCUCCUGCGCCUAGGAAUCUGUGGAUGUCUUCGGGCUUCUUUGAUAGACACUACUCACAGCCGCCUGAGCUUAGCCGUUCUCGUAGUUCCAGGGGCACCCAGUUCUCGGCAACACAGACCGAAGUGGAGAGGGUCUUGCGCGACAGAGAGGUUCAGACUCUGAAGGAGGACGCCGAAUCCGUCUGCGGCAAUCCAUUUCCGAACAAUGCAGGCAUCAGCUCAACUUUAGCGCGAAUAAACCAACUAUGUCACCACGCCUCCCAAUCGCUGCAAUCCAAAAAUAUUCUCGAUCAAGCGGGAUGGCAGCAAAAGGCAAGACAGCAAGGCGAGCCCGAGCAAGUUCUAAAACAGCCAUUGGUUGGAAUGUCCGGUGCCUGUCAGCGGGGCUUCCCCAACACUAAUGCCGCCGUUCAGACAGAGACUAGCAGA